AUGACAUCAACAGAAUACCUAUGGACGGACGAUGAAUUACAGCCUCAUGAGAUUCAAUCUGUAUUUGAAGAUACCACAUUAUCAUUUGUGAUUAUUUCUAAGCAUAUCGAUCAGACAUUGACUAAUUAUGUGAAAUACAUGGAACCAUGGAUGCAAUACCCCUGGAACUUCAAACGGCCCGAGUAUCAGGCUCUCACCUUUAAUGUUGUUGAGUAUAUAUACGGUGAAAUCAAUUAUCAUGAGCAUGUCCUUGAUAUGGAAUUAUUUAUCGCCAUUUUACUAGAUUUCACCAAAUAUGAAGACUGCUAUAUUCAUGUUUUUGAUUCGGUCACGCUUGAACCAGUGCUAGCUACUUGCCACGAUGCCCUUGAUGAGGAGUUGCAGGAUGUGACUACUUCGCGGAAUAGAGUCUGGCUACAUGAUGGCGGAUGCAUUGAGCUUACUCGUGGUGGCCACGGUGGAUAUUUGCUGUUGCAAGAUGCAAUAAAGCAGAUAUUUGUGGGGGAUUAUAAACAAAAUUCCAAUCUAGCCGCAGCGUUAAAGGAUGUUUGUAAUUUAACUGCAGGAUUGAGUCAUGUUCAUGAUGUAAAUUUGAAUUUACCUGCUCCGGUUGCAAAAUUAGCCACCACUGAUCCAAUGAUGAUUUCCAAAAGCUUGGAAGCAUUGGAAGACGAGGAGGAAGUCAAGCCGCUUUAUCUUGACGGUGGCAUUGAUGUCACCGUGCCCAUUAACAGUGUACACUUUGGUGUACUCUUGGGUAUUGCAUCUGCAUUGGGGAAACCGCAAGACCUAAGUGGAAUCGUUUUGUCGGGGUUGCAAAAGUAUUAUCAAGGCAAGGAGGAACCAAAAGUGCCGGAUACAAUGAAGCCAUCUUCGCGAAUGGUCCUACAGGAGGAACUCAUCAGCAGAGGAAUAAUAUCGAAUCCCGUCCCUGAAAAUACCGAGCUAGUUGAAAUGAUUGCUAAUAUAAAUGGACCCAAGAUGGAGGAUGAACAAGAAUACGCCAAAAAUCUUCAACAGGUAUUUGAAGAAGGAUUAGAUGACUUUGAAGAUAUAAUAGACGAGGAUGAAGAUGAAGCAGAUGAGGAGAGCGAUUUAACUGAUGAUGAACUAAAUGAAUUUCGUUGGAAGUAUUACGACAUUGCUUCUGAAUGGAUCCCGCGGGAACAAGUGGCUCAGAAAUAUCAAGAAUUUAAAUCAUCAGUUUUGCAAUCGACAAGUAAAUUCAAGGAUGAAUUUAAAAACACUGAGUUUGAAGAUUUCCCGGAAUUCAUGGAACUGGAAAUCAUUUUGGAAAUGAGUGGCAACAAGUAUAAUAAUGAUUCCGACUACCAAAGUGAUACGCCAGAUACAUAUCAAGGAGAUAUGGCAUAUGAUGAGUACGUAGAGUUUAAAAAUAAGCUAAGACAAGAAGGCGCACAUUUCAGUGAAGAAGAACCAGAAGAAAAUGACGCUGAUUGGGAAAGUGUUGAUGGCGAUGGUAAUGAUGAUGAUAGUGACGAAUUAUUAAGUGACAGCAAUGUGGAUAUCUCCAAUAAAUAUGAGCAAAGACCUACAAUUGAAACUUUAUACGAGGAGCAGCCACUAGAAUACGAAGGUUUAGAUCCCAAAUUAUCUAAAAAGGAGAUUGAACGACUUACAACUACAAUGGAGACAUUAAAGACAAGCGAGGACAACAAUCUUGAACUGAAGAUGAAGAAAUAA